CUCGCGGAGAGUAUCGGCGGUGUGGUGCGUGCGGUCGCUCUGUGGUUGUUUCGGGUCUGCUCGUGUUGAUAACGACACACUUCGGACGCUUCUGGCCGCGGAGAGAUGGGAAUUCAGAAGAGAUGGCUCUGAAACAAAUUGCCCUCACGCUGCUGGCCCUGCUCGGGUCGGCGGCCGUCGGUAAUGCUUUACGUUGUAACUGCACAAACUGUGAGAAGUCGGGCUACGAGUGUGAGACGGAUGGCGCGUGCAUGGCCUCCACAUCCUUCAUCCAGGGCAAAGAGCAACACGUGCGCAUCUGCAUCAACCAGGAGAACCUGGUCCCCCCCGGACAGCCCUUCUUCUGCCUGAGUGCUGAAGGCUACCUCAACACUCACUGCUGCUAUGUAGAUUACUGCAACAGUAUCGACCUGAAAGUCCCAGUCCCAACUCAAAGGGGGGACUGGCCAGUCUCAGGAACCACCUGGGGCCCCGUGGAGCUGGUGGCGGUCAUCGCAGGGCCCGUGUUCCUGCUCUGCGUGUUGCUGAUGGUUGGCGUGUUCCUGUUCCAGUAUCACCAGAGGGCCUACAGCCACCGGCAGAGGCUGGAGGUGGAGGACCCCUCGUGUGACCAUCUCUACCUUGCCAAGGAUAAAACCCUACAGGACCUCAUCUAUGACAUGUCCACCUCAGGAUCCGGCUCCGGUCUGCCCCUGUUUGUGCAGCGGACCGUGGCCAGGACGAUCGUGCUGCAGGAAAUCAUAGGAAAGGGUCGCUUUGGGGAGGUGUGGCGAGGGAAGUGGCGGGGAGGAGACGUGGCGGUGAAGAUCUUCUCGUCCAGAGAGGAGCGCUCCUGGUUCAGAGAGGCUGAAAUCUACCAGACAAUCAUGCUACGGCACGAAAACAUCCUGGGAUUCAUUGCAGCAGACAAUAAAGACAAUGGCACUUGGACGCAGCUGUGGCUGGUGUCAGACUAUCACGAGCACGGCUCUCUCUUCGACUACCUGAACCGAUACUCCGUCACCAUCGAGGGGAUGAUCAAGCUGGCGCUGUCGGCCGCCAGCGGCCUGGCGCACCUUCACAUGGAGAUCCUCGGCACUCAGGGUAAGCCUGGCAUCGCUCACCGUGACCUCAAGUCUAAGAAUAUCCUGGUGAAGAAGAACGGCAUGUGUGCCAUCGCCGACCUCGGCCUGGCGGUGCGCCACGAGUCCAUCACAGACACAAUCGAUAUAGCUCCGAACCAGCGUGUGGGCACUAAGAGGUACAUGGCUCCGGAGGUGCUGGACGAAACCAUCAACAUGAAACAUUUUGAUUCCUUCAAGUGUGCCGACAUCUACGCCCUGGGCCUGGUGUACUGGGAAAUCGCUCGCCGCUGCAACGCAGGAGGCAUCCAUGAAGAGUACCAGCUGCCCUACUACGACCUGGUGCCCUCGGACCCCUCCAUAGAGGAGAUGAGGAAGGUGGUGUGUGACCAGAAGCUGAGGCCCAACGUGCCCAACUGGUGGCAGAGCUACGAGUCGCUGCGCGUGAUGGGGAAGAUCAUGAGGGAGUGCUGGUACGCCAACGGCGCCGCCCGGCUCACCGCCCUGCGCAUCAAGAAGACUCUGUCGCAGCUCAGCGUGGAGGAGGACGUGAAGAUGUGAGCGUCGCGAGGAACACGCUGGAGACGCACAAGCGGAACACACACUCCCCAUAGGAAGCAAACACUAAAGACAGACUGCAAAUGAAAAACCCUGCCAGUUUUAAAGCCACACUCCAAGUUGUGACAAGGCCUACCUCACCUUUUUAGCCAAAACUACUGAGAAUCACCCCCCCCCUCUCCUCCCCCCUGCCUCCAUGUCUCCUCCCCCUCCCCCUCCCCCCCUCCGCCCUCCACAGGCCACAGCACUACACCUUUUACCACUACCACUGUUAAUAUCAUGACACUCGACCUCGUUGUGUUUUCAUCCCCCCAUGGCAGGAAUUCUGACUAUUGUACAGCGACAGGAAACUUCUACGUUUGUUGGUUUGUUUUGUUUUGGGUUUUUUGUUUUUUUUUACCUCUGAAAUUUGUCCCAUGACAGAAGAAGUGGAGCUUUAGGAACGACAAAACGUCCCGCUGUGUCACUGGAGAUGUGUUGAGGAGGGGAGAGAGGCUGAAGCUUGUAACUCCUCCCUUCAAAAAAGAAAAAAAGAAUCCUCUCAAAACCCAAAUUAGUUGCACUCAACUGUAGCGUCCUCACCCGGCGUGGACCCCACUCCCUCCCCAGGGUGGGGUUGGGGGGGGGGUCCAGGCCGGUCCCGGUGUGUGUUAUUCGGACUUGUGGCAGGGAUAAUGUUUGGGAUGGUUUUGAUUUUUUUUUUCCUUUUUGUUUUAUUUAUUUGUUCAUAGUUUUUAUUGCAUUCUUGAUGAACACUGUGAGAUGAACAUUUUAGAGGUAGUUCAGUCUGACCGGGGGGGCGUUCCCGCGACACCCGCCGCUCUCAUCCAGGACAUCGUGCACACUGAGCAAAUAAGAGGCGUAUGAAAUGGCAAUGAAACAUACCGUAUGUCUUUUUUCUUUUUUUUUUUUUUUAAAUGCGUUGGUUUGUGUUUGUAAAGACAUCAAGAUCGGUGUUUCCCUGACUUUCCCACUAGACACUACUGAUGAUGGGUACAUAUGAUUUGUAUAUAGAACGUGCGUUUUAUCCUUUAUUUUAUUUUGUAAUGCCACAAGCACCAGUGUGACAUUUGAGCGGUGUUUUUGAUUUGUUUUGUUCGACUGGACGGUACUUUCAGAAGUCUUGUUCUGAUCUGGUCUGCAUGGUUUUCUGACUGUGCCUGGAAAUGAACUACAUUAUCUGCUGGAACUGAUUUCUCACUUUUUGCUCCUCUCAAGGCGAUUUGGUGGUACUACUGAUGCCAGAUUAUUUUUGCUGCAACGUCCUGUUUUUUUUUUUUUUGUUUUUUUUUUUAAAUCCAUAUAUAUCUUAUCUAUAAAACUCUAUCGUAAGUGUUGGGAUCUGUCUUUACAGAAGUCCUCUGGGGUAACAUCUCUUCCUCUUUGACACUGGAAUACUUCAGAGCGUCCUGUAAACUCUUGAUUCUGUGGGUCAGACAGAUUAAACAUUCAGAUGUGAAAUGUAGUCGAGACGUUUUCUCCUCGCCCUCAAACCAAAAAAAAAAACAAAAACAAACAAAAAACAAGUGAAACUGCAUGUUUUCAUUCUGUCUGCAGACGAGACUAUGAAAGUAUUACACUGACGUGUUUGUCGCCGCGGGGGCUUUUUAUUUGCACUGUUCGUCCAGAACAGAUCCCGUCGGUAUCCGGUUCUGCAUGCUGUCUCAAACACUGGGUCCUCACGCCGAGGAAGAUGAACUGAAGACGGGGGAUUUCCCGCCUCUCUCCUCUCUGUACUCCCCCCCCCUUUUCUUUUGUUUUUUUUUCUUUUCUCAUUUCUUUUGAUUUCCGUUGGCGUCGUUGGCUGUGUACCCCAGACAUGUUGCUGCUACUGUUAACAUGGGGAGACGUUCAGCAGGCAGGUGGAAGCGAGGAGGAGGAGGAGGACGAGGAGGAAGCCCGGGCCGCUGUCGGUUGAACCAAAACUGUCCAAACACUCCUGUCCAUGUUUGGUUUGUUGCCAUGGGUAUAUGACCAUCAGACAUCCUGUUCAUAGGUAAUACUUCAAGAUUUCAAAAGUAAUAUUGUGCAGAUCUUUUCAGGAUUAGUUGAAAAGUGUAUAUAGAUGAUAUACAAUAAAUUCCUCUUUUCUUUUUUUUUUUUCUUACU